GCUCCCGGUGUGGGGAGAGGGGCGGCCGGGCCGGGGCGGGCAGCGGCUGGGUUUGUUGCGGGGCGGGGCGGGGCACGGCACGGCAGGGACCGUGGUGCGGCCGAUGUGGGCUGUGGAGUCCCCGAACGCGGAUCCCUCCGGCCGCGGCACGCAGCCUGCCACCGCAGCCCCGCCCGACGGCCUCCGCCGCGACGGGACCCGCCGCGACAGCCCCCGCGCUCCCUCCAGCCUCUGCAGCAGCCCCGGCCUCGGCUCCGGCUCCGGCUCCCUCCCGCCCGACAGCCUCCAAGCCCUCGCCGGUCUCGGCAGCCCUCGCGAGUCGCCCAGCAUCCAGUGUGACAGCCUGGAGUGUCCCUGCUGCUGCUGCUGCUGCGGGAGCGUGGGGUCGGCCGGCCCCUGUGAGGACAGCCUGCAGGCCCCUCUCGCCCUCUCUAACGGGCGAGGGUGCUUCGGGGCACACCACAGCAACCCCCGGGCGUCCAGGGACCUCUCCGACAGCCUGGAGUCCUUCGGCGUCCAGCACGACAGCCUCCAGUCGGUCUCCAGCCUGCGUGAGAGCUUCAGGUCCUCUAGCAUCAAGGGUGACAGCCUUGAAUCCCUUUCCAGCCUCAGCAACGGGUCCGCCAGCCGGCACAGCGGCCUCGAGUUUGCCAGCCAGUGAGACUGCCUUCUCCCCACGCAAUGCGCUAGCCUCUGGUUCCCCUUCAGCUACUGCGAGAGCUUCCAGGUUUCUGCCCUUUUUUCAGCAGUCUACGCGGUUCCAGUUGAUUUUUGCUGCGCCAGUGUAAUAACCUCAAAUACUGUCCGUGGCUGCCUUUCCCAAGUUACGUGCUUCAGAGAGGCAGUGCUCAUUACUGCCUGCGGAGUUAAAGCUGACUAUUUUUGUCAUCGGUUAAGAAUGGAGGUGCGUGGUCCUCGGAGGAACCCCAGCUACCUCUCUAAUCUCUAUCAGAACAUGUUACAGGCAGAAGAAGCACUGGGACGAGGGCAGCAGCCGCCCCCAGCAGUCCAUACAAAUAGCAGCAUGACUUUUCUGAGCAGUAUGCCAGCCAAGGGGGAGCCCCAGCCAAAUAAGCUUCAGAGCAGCACUUCCUCCAGCUGUGACCCGGUGUUACGACCUAUCAUACGCCGCCGAGCGAGAUCUUUGCCUACAUCGCCCGAAAGGAGGAAGCGCGCAGCAGCGCAGUGUCAAGUUCCUGGAUGCCAGAGUCGUAUGAACCGGGUGAGAUUUGCUGAUGCUUUGGGCUUGGAGCUCACUGAAGUGAAAGUCUUCCAGACUGGGGAAGAUCCGUCGAUCCCCUUGCAUGUCCUUUCCAGGCUCUCCAUAAACUCAGACCUCUCGUACAGCAGCUCGGACUUGGAGUUUACAAUGCAGUGCUUGGUCCCUGACUUCCAGCAGCCUGCAGACUGUAUGGAUUUCUCAUCCCGGCUCCAGGAGCAGCAGGUGUGUCUUGAACGCGUGACCAGCUCAGAUUUGGGGCUCAGUGGCACCAUCCAGGUUCGCAAUGUUGCUUUUGAGAAGCAGGUAUCUGUGCGAUACACCUUCGACCAGUGGAAGAGCCUCCAUGAAGUGUGUGCUCAUUGGCACAGUAGCAUCCCUGAGAAAAACGGGCAGGGUCACGUUGAUGUUUUCUCUUUCUUUCUCCCUGUGCCUCCUUUCCUCCUCCAGCUGUGCUCAGUAGUCCAGUUUGCAGCGAGGUACCAAGUCAACGGCCAGGAGUAUUGGGAUAACAACAGAGGCAAAAACUACAGUCUCACCUGCCGGACUCACCCCCUUAAGAUGCCUAGAGAAUGUGAGGAGAGCUGGAUCCACUUCAUCUGAAUGAAGAAAGUAGAUGCAAAGCAGCUUGUCAGUAGUCUCAGUGCCACUCUCUUCCUUGGCAUGGCUCUGCUGGUAUGGCAACAGUCUCCUUUUUGAAACCCGCCAAGCCUGGCGAAGUGUUCCAGGGCAGGGAAGUAGCCAGUGACCCGUACAAAGUGUUCUAAACCUCUCAGAAAGAAAAAAGGGCCAAAGUGUGUAUUGAGUUACAUCCGUUGAAAAUCUGAGUGAUUUCUUGUAGUGUAUGAAUCGGUGCAGAAUGGUUCCAAGGGAUGCUGUCAGACUACCAGAGAGCAAAGCAAGACACUUUAUGUUGCUAGUAAUAUUCUAGGUUGCAUAGAAUGACUGAUCUAUUUUACCAUUUUGUGCUAUCUGUUUUUUAAAUGGGUGGUGUGGCUUUACUGGCUUUGUUUCUAAUUAUCUCACCAAGUCUGGGCACUAUUCCAUUUAUGCAUAAUUUGUAUGGCAGAUGCUGUAGGGAGGUACCUGUAUUUUUAUUUAUAUGUAUUAUUAAGACUCUAACCAUGUUAAAUAUUUCCAUUAAUAUUUGGAAAUCCAAUGUUAUGAGCAAAAUAUUCAUGAAAAUGUCCCAUCAGCCCCUCUGUUUCCCUUAAGAAAAGGCACCUUUUUUUUUUUAUCUCUAGUGUUUGCUGUAGGCAGUAGGAAUGAUGGUUACCAAAGUUUGUGUAAGGCAGAUCUUGGGAAGAUCUCGUCUUUCUCAGGUGAUGCACAAGUAGGCUUUUCCUCCAGAUGGUGGUGGGGCAGGGAUUGUCCUUUCCUGGUGCACCUCUUUUUGCUAAGGGAAACUAAAACAGUUUUGCCCUUGUGUUGCAAUCACAGUUGAAGAUCUCAAAGCACUAUAUGAAUGCUAAUGAUCUUACACUGUUACCUGAAACAGGUGAAUGUAUAAAUCAAAAAAUGGAUAUGAGGUAGAUAUAUAUAGAUUUUAUAUAUAUAUUAUAUAUAAAAAAGAUAAUACAGGGAGCUGGUUACAGAGCUUGGAGUAGUACACCAGAAUCCUGAAUCCUGGCUGCACGUUCCCCAGCGUCCCAGUACUACUGCAGUAGUACCUUUGAAUUCCUUAAUGAACUACUUCUCCCUAUAAACCAGUUGAACUCCAAGACUGCAUCCUUUGCACUACAAAGUGGGAACUUCAAAACAAAAUUAUGAUUUUACUAGUAAAUUGAUACCUAUAUGGACCCAUCAACAGAAUCACUUCUGCAGCGGGGAGAGCAGCAGGGAGAGCAGAGUAAGGCUGUUACACGCAGUCUUCCCAUGCUUCUUGCUCUGCCACUUUCAUUCUGUGGUUUUAGUGUGGUUUAAGAUUGUUGACAGGCUUAAAUCCAAUUAAAAGAUUGUCCAUGAUUUUCUUCAUACAUACUCAUUACUGCAUGCAAAAUUUAGCUUUAUACAUGUAGCAUAAGUUUUCAAAACUGGCUGGCUGGAUGUAUUAGAAGAGCUGCUUUUUAGAAGGGUUAUACUAUGCAGAUCAGGCCACUUAUUCAGGCAUCUUAUUUUUGGAUUGCUGCUUAUUCAUCAAAAUCACAAGCUGUUUUUAUAAUCACAGUUGUAAGUAACCCACAGCCAAGUAUAUAUUAGUCCAAAAAGUCUACUGAGUAAUUCUGGAAGUUGAGAAACCCCGAGAAAAUUCAUGUGUCUGGCAACUUAAUGUAACUACUUAGUUGUGAUACCCACUUAGCAAAGCUAGGAUUUCAAGUGAAGAAGCUGCCUGGUUCCACUACUCUGGCUUUCAAAGGAACCGAAUUAACAAAUUAUGAUUCUCUGAGAUGCUGAUCACCUCUGGCAGAGUACUAAGAAGACUCAAUCCUACUUGAAGCUGUUGAGAAAUGACUGUGUUGUCUGCUUUAACUUUGUAUUUGAGCACUGUGAGGUUGAACGUUUAAGUUGAAAUUGUUUUGAAGGAGUAAGUGAGGCUGAGGUGCAAUUGAGUGCUGCCUUCUUUCAAUUCACCUGUGUUAUUUUCUGUAUCCGGUUUAGAGGAGUGACCGUUACCAAUCUGGCAGCAACUCUUAUCUCCUAGGAAAAUCAAUGCAGGGAACGGGAAGUCUAGUCUUCCUCAUCCGGCACAAAAAAGGAGAGCUCUGUAAGAAGGGGCACUAUCCAGUUGUAACGUUUUUUGCCUCCUAUGGUGGGCUUCAUUUGACUAAAUGACAUGUGACCAUAUAGGACAUAACGUGUCUGAACUAGUCAACCUAUGCUUGUCAUAGUCAACGGAGAUGUUUUUGCUACAGUUAGCAGACUACCUGUGGCGUGACAAACCGUGUCAUCUCUGCUGAGCGCAGAGAGAGCACUGUGGGACUAGUUCUGCUGUACUGAAAUUCUCGGCAUUAGUGCAGAUGGUGUCAGAUUGUGCCAGAGUCUGUAGAUGUCAAGUUAGUUGAGCUGAACCACACCUUCAGUGACUGCAGACGAAUCUUUCUUGGCAUGAAUUAAAAUCAUGUACCCCAGUUUUGGUGGAACUUGCUCGCUUAAGGAAUUCUGUUAAAGUUUAUCCAGUAUUGUUGAAGUCCAUAGAAGCGGCAUUUUAUGUACUUGUCAGUGAAGAAGAAAAAGAACACACUAUUUUAAAGUAUUGUUUCCCCACCCUGCCCAUUUUCCCCCUCCUAAAUGACUGUAUUCCUUCCGUCAGCAAAACCACUGAAUUGCUUCUUAGCACACCCUUAAAAACCCCUCUGAUAUUGGUAUUUGACACCAGUUUGCAGCGGAUGUUGCGGGAAGCCAAUGCAAUACUUGGCUUACUGGCAGAAAGAUGCUGUCGCCAUCUUCUGGGAGAGACUCUCACAUGGUAGCUAAUGUCAAAUCUGGGUGUUACGGCAGGCGGGGACAGGGUGUGUAAUGCUGAGGCUGUCAGUGUAAAGGUUAAUGUCACGUAUACCACAGUGUCAGAGAGGUGAGGAAUUCAAUGUCUCAGCGAUAUGAGUUUAGCUUGUAUUGUCUUCCUUCCGCACCUCUCAGGGUAUUUGCAUGUGCAAAAUCUUGAUACGGAAGUAGUAUUCCAAGUUUGCCUUUUCUCCCUUUGCUUGUCUUGCACUGCUGGAGGAGAACUGGUGGCAGGUGUUACUAAACCAGUCUGGCAUUGCUGAUGGCGAGUUGAGCUGGCCUGCCUUCUAACAGGACUGGGAGUAUCGCUGGAUUAAGCUAUUAACCAUUCACACGUGACUACUGGCACCAGUCACACGACAGAUGAAAUUUGCACUUACAUUUUCCUGUCACAUUCAGUAGUGAAUGUCAAAAGGAUCCCAGCUGACAAAAAAGGGAUUAAGCCAUUAAGGAGUGGUGAUACGGACCUGUCGUGAAGGUAAACUUACGACCACCUUUGUAGAUUCUCAGGACAACUUGACUGCUUGCACUGCGUUCAAAGUGAGCACUUCCCUUAUAGUGAGGAUUUUGUAAAAGCGAAUUCUUCACACGGGUUAUUGCCAUAUAAUGCACUUUUUAAAACCUGUAUUUAUUAUAGUCAUACAAUAAAUAAAUGUCUAGUAGUCCACAGUAUCAAGGUUCUUUCAAGCAUGUUUUUUAAAGAAACAUAUAGAAUCCAUGUAAAUGAAACGGGGUUGUCUUUCCUGAUCAAACAUCUUGUCCAGAAUAAUGUACAUAAUACAGCAUAUCAAUAAAGCACAGAUGCUAGACAAAAGGUAAUUUUGUUUUAGUGGAGAGCUGCACGGUUGCAAAGUGCUUAGUACGUUUUAAAAACAAUAAAACUAUGGCUAUUGUAAUACAAAAGAUGAUAAUAAAAACUUUUCACAAUUUUAA